AAACGGAAUAUGUGCAUUUCACUGGUGCAUCCUCAGGGCAACAUCAGACGAACUUGUUUUAUACUUAAGGACUGAGUGUUAAGAAACACCCUGCGCUGAUAGAUUACUUACAUGUAACUCCUGCGAUAUAGGCUACUGUCUAUCGUGAAGGUGAAACGCGAUCGCAUUGUAAGCAACGCAAGCAGACAGGGGUGUGCACUGAUGCGUGAGUCUUGAAUAUUCAAAUAGGCCGGAGAGUCUUUGCGGCUGAUAACCCAAGAGCGCUUAGAGUCCGACAAGAUAGUCACACUGUCACAAAACCUUUUCAGGAUAAAUGGGACUGUAACUAUGGGAUCGUACUGGCUUUUUAUUGCUUCGUUACUGAUAACAUUCAUUCCAGGUGAGACGAGGCUCCGCAUAGAGCCAGGUGGCCCCCAGCUGGUGGUGUCAUUCAACGACCCCCUUCAGCUGGACUGCUGGGAUGAGGGUGAUGUUCAGUGGCUACGCGAAGACCGCUACAACAAGACGAUGAAGGGGGUCGAGAAGACGGAGGGGAGGGUCACAUUCAAGAUCUCCAAGGCCCAGGUUCAACACAUGGGUCGCUACAUGUGUGAGAAUCGGGAGAGCCGUGAGCAGGCCUCAAUCUACGUGUUUGUCAAAGACCCCAAGAAUGCCUUCCGGAAGACGAUCAUGAAUAACUUACUAGGGAAGGUUGGCGAAAGCUGCGUGAUCCCGUGCCUGGCGACGGACCCGAAUUUGACUGAUCUGCAGGUGGUUCCGUGCAGUGGCCUGCCGCUGCCCCCCGGGCUGGAGUUCAGUGCCAGUAUUGAGCGCGGAAUCACCGUCUACAACCUACGGAAGGACUUUGAGGGCUGCUAUGUCUGCACUGGUCAGCUGAAUGGACGGACGGAGACCUCCAUCCAGUACACGCUCACCGUUCGCUUGGCUCCGGAUAAGCUUCCCGACGUCGAGUUGUCUGAGAAGGAAAUAGUGAUUCUCACUGUGGGCGAACGCUUUGAGGUGACGUGCACCACUACCAAUAUCAAUGAUGAUUUCAGCCUGAAGUGGACUUCUCCACCGGGAACGAAUCCAGUCGUGGUCAGUAAGCUCAAAAUGCUGACGAACCCUUUGCUGUACGUGAAUAUACUUUCGCUCGACGUUGCCACAGUGACGAUGAAUGAUCCCGGAAGCUACCGCUGUGAGGCCACCAAUGAGCGUGGUGUGGCUUGGUCGUCUGUCCAGCUACGUGUCUGUGAGCGGGGCUUCAUCACCCUAAUAGAGGUGGGCAAUGACACCAUGUCCACCCGUGCUGGGGAGAGCCUCGUCCUCCGGGUUGUGCUGGAGGCCUACCCCAGACCGAAGCUCAUGUCCUGGGUGUAUGAGGGGCAGGCAUUGCAGAACAGUUCGGACCAUGUUAUCUCCAUGCAAGAGAUGGGAUACAGGUACGAGAGCGAGCUGAAGUUGGUGCGCCUCAAAACCUCGGAAGGGGGGGUGUACACAUUUCUGGCACAGAACGCCAACGCCACGGCCAGCCAGCUGUUCGUGGUGCAUGUGAUCAGUAAGCCUGAGAUUGUGGCUCGGGAGGGGCCCCUGGAUGGGCAGCUGCGUUGCGUGGCAGAGGGUUACCCCACCCCUCAGAUCACCUGGUUCUCCUGUGAACAGCCGCAUAGACGGUGCUCACACCUGCAAAACUCCAGCAUGGAAGAGCGGGACGCCACCAGCGUAGUGCUGUCCAGACCAGCCUUUGGACGGAGCAAGGUGGAGAGUCGGCUGAACGUCAGCAGGGGCGGCUACCAGACGGUGGAAUGCGUGGCCACAGUGGAAGAUGAAGAGACCUUUUUCCUCUUCUCCAUCAGUGAACGCACGGUGCCACAUCACCUGUUCACGCCGCUACUCAUUGGCUUUGUGACAGCUGCGGCCCUGCUCUGUGUCGUCCUGCUGCUGCUCUUCUAUAAGUACUUACAGAAGCCUAAGUAUCAGAUCCAGUGGAAGGUGAUUGAAGGAAUCCACGGCAACAAUUACGUCUACAUUGACCCUGCCCAGCUUCCCUACAACCACCAGUGGGAGUUCCCUCGUGACAAGCUACGGUUUGGUAAAACCUUGGGCUCUGGAGCCUUCGGGAAGGUAGUGGAGGCCACAGCCUACGGCAUGUCCAAGGCCAACACUGUGAUGACUGUGGCCGUUAAGAUGCUGAAACCGAGUGCCCAUGCAACUGAGAAGGAGGCUCUGAUGUCCGAACUGAAGGUGUUGAGCUACCUGGGCCACCACAUGAACAUUGUUAACCUGCUGGGAGCCUGCACUGUUGGAGGUCCUACACUGGUCAUCACGGAGUACUGCUGCUUCGGUGACCUCCUGAACUUCCUGAGAAGAAAGCGGGAGAUAUUCUUCUGCUCCAAGCUGGGAGACGACUGCCAUUACAAAAACAUCCUCCUGCACCCAGAGUCAGUGAGAGAUGAAAACAGAAAUGGCUACAUGAUGAUGAGGCCAGCUGUCAGUGGGGUCCCUUCACGUGAUUUUCCUUCAGACAGGAGACCUUCGCUGAGAAAAGGAGGAUCGUGUGCAGAAAAAGAGCAGAGCGAUGCGCUUCUUGAGGAUGGGAUGUCACUAGACACCGAGGACCUGCUGAGCUUCUCCUAUCAGGUGGCCAAAGGGAUGGACUUCCUUGCCUCCAAGAAUUGUAUCCACAGAGACCUUGCUGCCAGGAAUAUCCUGCUUACUCAGGGACGGGUGGCCAAGAUCUGCGACUUUGGCCUGGCACGGGACAUCACCACUGACUCCAACUAUGUGGUCAAGGGCAAUGCUAGACUCCCAGUGAAGUGGAUGUCGCCAGAGAGCAUCUUCGAGUGCGUCUACACGUUUGAGAGUGACGUCUGGUCCUACGGCAUCCUACUGUGGGAGAUCUUCUCUCUGGGAAGUAGCCCUUACCCUGGGAUGCCUGUGGACUCCAAGUUUUACAAGAUGAUCAAGGAAGGUUACAGGAUGAACGAGCCAGAAUUUGCCCCCAGGAAAAUGUACGAGAUAAUGACCUCAUGCUGGGAUGCUGACCCCUUCAAGAGACCAUCGUUUGGGAAGAUCGUGGACAAGAUCGAAGAGCAGCUGUCCAAUAGCACGAAGCGUAUGUACCUGAAUUUCAGCUCCCGGCUAGUAACGCGAGAGGACCCCAACGGCCACUUCCUGCGGCUCAACUCUGUGGGCAGCAGCACGGCAUCUACCCAGCCACUGCUUGUGACCGAAGAAGCCUUCCCAGAGGAGGCGCCCUACCCACAUAGGGCAUGAAGGCCCAGAAGUUGGGGAUGUCCUGCCAGUGCCUGCCCCCCAGUGAUCUGUGCUGGUGCCCCUUAUGGUCUACAGAACUCCUGUCUGUUAAAAACACUGACUUUCUCAUACACAGACACAUAGGUGUAUCUGUAAAGGGAUCAUAUCGGACAGUAGUGAUCUUUUUCGUCUCUUACCGUGGGCCCCCGUCGGUAUCUUUCCUCACGUGCUGCUGAGUUCACAGUUCAUUACUACCGUCACCUUGCUACUGACUCUUGUUCAUGUGGAUCUAUGCAGAUUCUACAGGCAAUCUGGCAUGGUUAUGAAGUUUCCGUGUGCUGUUCACCUAGGUGUGCUGUUCUCAAGUAAAGAUUAUACAGCUUCAGUGCGCUGUCCUAACCCUAACCCUAACCAUACAACUGCAGAAUAUUGUCUUGUAAAUAGCUAUCACCUCGUCCUGCUAAAUUCAGCUGCUGUUCAGGCACGUGUGAAGCUGUACAUCUUCAGUGUGCUGUUAGAUAUUGAUAUCUCUCUAUGGGGCAAUGCUGUUAAUUCGUCCGAAAGAUUAUUUCGAGCUGCAGGUGCAAUAUAGAUUCACGUGUUAGGGUCUAUUUUUAGAUCAGUAGCAAAAACAAACAUCCAUGUUGUAGUGGUUUGUAGCAUAAGUUUCAUUUCUCUUUGUGGCAUCAGAGUACUUUUCAGUCUAGAGCGUCUCCCAGUCUUCAGUAUUAUUCCAUAAGUGAAACAUUGAGACAGUGUGAAGGAUGAAACAGGUGAAAUCUACUUUGGCCAAGACCCAUAAAAGUGACCCAUCCCUGGGCAAUAUGGCUUGAGGUCAGCCGUCCAGCUGUAGUAUCGUUUUUGUUGUUUACAUUCUUUUAUACUGUAUGUCAGGCAGCUUCUGAGGUACGACAGACAAUCUGCUUCCGUAACGAAAUGAUUUUUACUUUUACUGCAUGGACAUUUUCAAAAGACCAAGUCUUCUUGGGUUUCUUCAUCUGUGGGCCAGAUCUAUAAGUAAGUUUUGAACCUGCUCAGAUGCAGCUGUGGGCUUAAUCUGUAGGUGUAUUUAGAACAUGCUGAGGUUGUUCAGCUGUAGGCCUGGUCUCUAGGUGUAUUUGGAACUUACUGAGGAUCUUCAGCCAUGGGCCUGGUCUCUAGGUGAUUGAAGUAGUUGAGGUUCUUUAGACUAUGAGUCUGGUCUCUAGGUGACAUUAGAACCUGCUAAAGUUCUUCAGCUAUGGGUUUGGUUUCUAGUUGUCUUUAGAACCUGCUGAUAUUCUUUAGUUGUGGGCCUGGUUUCAACAUGAACAUAGAUCCUGCUGAGGAUCUUCAGGCUCCUCUGUUUUCAAGUGACUUCCUAUACAGGAAAUCCCAUUUCCAGGCCUCAGCUGUUGGCCUAAUUUCCCUCCAUGCCGUCAUUGUGAGCGCAGCUGGCAGGCAAACGGCAAUCAGUGCAGAGCUUUGGCCUGUCGCUCACUCGGAGUGACUCCCAAGUUAGCCUGUGAUAACAGGCCCACAUGACAUCAUCUCACUGUAUACUGAGACUCCACUGUACAUACUAUAUAACACAAUCACUUUCAGAUAGAACUCACUCUGUACAUAUACCUGGAGCUGAAGAUACCGAUCAUGACAAUAAUAAUGCUAAUAAUAUUUUGUUUGUAAUUUUCCAAGACAUGGUACUUUAGUGAAAUGCUGCAUCCCUGGAUUGGCUGGCUAAUCCGUUAAGCAGUCGCCUGUCAGGUGCUUCUCAGGUGUCCUGCAGUGUCGGGUAAUCUGUCUGUCGGAGGUAAAAUGGGGCGAGAGACACGGUCCACCCACAUCGUAAAACUUUUGCUCCCGUUAGCCCUAGGUAUAUUUCUAUCGGCCGAUGCCCGUGCGACUCUGUUCUGCUCGCAUAAGCCGAGUACCCUCUGCGUCGUUGGCACUUUAUGCAUCCGAACGUUGUGCAUACGCUCAUUUCUGCAUGCAAUGCUGCAAACACAUUCAGGAUGAAUGUUCAUGUAUCGUUUCAUUUAAAUGCUUCUCACAUGUAGCCUAAAUUUAUUAUUUUUCUUUGAGAAUUUGUUGUCUUAAAAGCUUUUUUUGUUACCUCUCAAUCAGUCUGCAUUUGAGUGGGUAGGUUGAUUAAUAAGGAAUGAGGAUUACAUGCCCUGAAUUCUCACCCAGAGGGGCGGAGCCAAGCCCAGGUGACUAAUGUCACCGCCCCCUUUGCCGACCUGACCAGCUAAAUGUUGACUAUAUUCACUGCCAUUCACAUACCCUGUAACGGUUAAUAUAGAUGCCCGUAUGUGAAGCAUAUCUGUAAAGAGGGUGAUACUGGAACUUUGAGAUCAAUUUUGUGUUAAAUAUUUGAAAUGCAUUAUCUGUUGACUGUCUUAUUUUUUUAUUAUAUUUUUUGAAGUGGUUUCUUGUUUUCAUGUACAGGGUUUGUCGCUGUCAAAAUGUACUAUCACAUGUUGCAGUUUAUGUUCAUGUAAAUAAAUUGACAUUUGAAAAUA